CAUAGUUGUUGCUCAUUACAGCCAUGGGCGCGGCGGCAUCGACUGCAAGGGAAAGUUUGGGUUCAACUGACACAGCAGGAGAUGGAGCGCCAUUGACAUGCAGGCUCAGGGACGACCAAGUGGCUGCGUUGGCGAGCAGCACCAACUUCACGCCAGAGGAGGUGGUGGCUCUGAACGUACACUACGACCUCAUCAGCUCGGCGACGAGAGACGACGGACUGAUCGACCGCAGCGAGUUCCAGACGGCGCUAGGCUUCACUGUCAAGGAGUCGCUGUACGUGGACCGCAUCUUCCAGCUCUUCGACACCAACGACGACGACUUUAUCAGCUUCGACGAAUUUCUGCAAAGCGUGUCCGUCCUGUCAUCCAAAGGCGGUACGGCCGAGAAGAUUAAGUUUUCCUUUGACAUUCUAGACUUCGAUCGCGACGGGAAGUUGUCGCCACAAGAGCUGCUAAGCAUGCUCGAGGCAUGCAUUCAGGAGAACAACAUCAAUAUCCCCUCCGAGUGCCUCACUACGAUCGUGGCCAAGACGAUGGAGGACGUAGACCUGGACAAGGACGGCUUCAUCAGCUUCGACGAAUUUCGCGUCAUGACCGAAGCCAACCUGCAGAUGCUCAACCACGUGACCUUCAACGUUUCCGCCAUCAUUGCCGAGUACAUGCCCGCAUUGCGCGUGCUGAUCUCGAAUCGAAGCUAAUAGCCUCGGUAGCAUAAUUAUCGGCCCAACUUUUUAUUUCUUAAACCAACGUUUUAGUGUUAUUCGUGCAUAAUUAAUAUAAAUAUUCGUGAAAUGCC